UCCAAGCUCCAAACUGGCAUUCAGGCUUUGGCGCUUAAUGCUUCCACUGCGCCCUCACUCAGAGACUGCUGUCCCAUUACUGGGGUCCUCUAGGGCUCCCCGGGUUAGAACACAAGGAUCACACCCAUCCAGCCGUAGCAAGGGGGGAUGACUGAGAGAAGUUGGGUAGUAAUCCAGAAAAUCCGGCGCAGUCCUCCAACAACAAUAUGAUGUCUGCUAUAGAGACUGGUGCCCCCGUGUACCAACCUGCGCAGCUGCUCAACUGGGUCUAUAUGUCUUUGCAAGACACCCAGAGCAGCGCUUUUGAUGCGUUCAAAGCCGAGUCGGACACUUCUCUUCAGGACAUGAACAACUCCAAGCGCAGCGCAGCUGAUCUGAGCUCCAACUAUCUCAACAACUUCUUCCAUCUGAGGAGUGAGGCCUUGAACAACAACUUCUACAAGAGCUCCUCACCCUAUGGAUCCCUCAACAAUAUCGUGGAUGGCCUGAGCUCUCUGGCGGACCAUUUCUCAGACCUCUCCCUGUCCCCCGAGACACGCAAACCCAGCAAAAGACCGCCGCCCAACUACCUGUGCCACCUUUGCUUCAACAAAGGACACUACAUCAAAGACUGCCCUCAGGCUCGACCCAAAGGUGAAGGCCUGACCCCGUAUCAGGGAAAGAAGAGGUGUUUCGGUGAAUAUAAGUGCCCUAAGUGCAAGAGGAAGUGGAUGAGCGGGAAUUCCUGGGCCAACAUGGGACAAGAAUGUAUCAAGUGCCAUAUCAAUGUUUACCCUCAUAAGCAGCGACCUCUGGAGAAGCCGGACGGGUUGGAUGUGUCGGACCAGAGCAAGGAGCAUCCACAACACCUGUGUGAAAAAUGCAAAGUCCUCGGCUACUACUGCCGCCGCGUGCAAUAACACACUCUGCUUGACUUCCUUCAUUUUAAUCGAAAAAGGGACGGUUACAUUUUAAUGACUAAAAACACAUGGUAAUAAACUCUAUUGUGCUGUAAUGCAUCUAACAGUUUAUUCUCAUGAAAAUAGUCUCUCUGACGCCGUGACUCUCGGUGUAAGAGGCUCAUUGUGGAGGAAUUUUUCUACACUUUCUCUCAGUGGAGACGAGUACGUUGCAUUUACUGGGUGCUAGUGAGUUACUCGGUUGUCGUUAUGUGAAUAGUCAUUUGAAGUCUUAACUAUGAACCAAGAAUCUUACCAACUGUGAAUUAAGAAACUUUAGCUCUGUGUCUGCCUUCACUCGUCUCGGAACAAAAUUCACGAGUGAAGUUUCCAGAUGAAGAUUCUCUUUUACAUGUUUGUAUAUUCCAGAAAUAACUUAAAGUGAUGUUUUCUGUAUAAAAUAUGCAACAAGUCUUUACUAAGAAGGAUAUGCAGUAUUAAUGUGUAUCUGCAUUAUUGUCUGUAUUAUCAGUACUGGAGGGUACAUAAUUUUUGAAUAUAUUUUUAAGCCAUUACUGUUUUGUUGAUUAGUACACUUUGUGAAGGAAUAUAUUAGCCAACUAACAUUUAUUCUUUAUAUACUAUAUGUGCCUACAAUUACUUGUGGAAACACCUUGUAGGUCGUUUGUUAUUCCAAAGUUGUAAACCAAUGCAAUAUGGUAGAAACAUUUUUUUUUCUCCUGACAAAUAGAAUAACCACCACCAAAGUGCUUUUUAUGGGUUGUAGGUUGUAAUGUCUCAUAUGUUACAUGACACAGAAAAAAAAGGAAUAAUGUGAAUGUACCAAAGAUCAUGAAGGAUGAAGUGGAAGGUAGCAUGUGCAAGUUGCUUUAGAUGGUUUCUGUGACGAUAAAUAAUGGUAUGGAAAAGAAAUACCCUACGGUUUUUAACUGUUUAAGAUGUGUGACACGCCAUUUAAUGUGCCUUAGUUGGAGUAACCCAUGAGAUGGAGCUCUUGAUCUCUUAAAAUGUUUUUGUAUUAAAAUGCAUUUAAGCGAGUGUUCCUGUUUUUUUCUGCUGUUCUGCAAAAUUGGUUUUGAUCUCUUAAAAUAUAAAAAUAUAAGCCCAUAAGAUUAUAGUUUUUAAUGCAUCCAUGUUGCAGUAUGGAUUUGAGAGCUGAGACUGAUAAUACCACACUGUCUCUUCAACAUUAACUAAUCCAGAUGUUAAACAUUUUUAUCUUCCCACAACAGAAAAAAAACAAAACAUUUUUUUGAGCAUCUGGAAAAAUUUACUUAUCAGAUUUGGCUUCAUCACCUUCUUAUAUACAGUACCACCACUGACAGAACCUAAAGCAAGCUCCGAUGCAAUAUGGCCUGACCUCUCGAAAAGAAGCAUUUCCCUGCGCGGAAGCAAUUAGAUCUGACAUUGCAGACCUUAAUUCUUCUGGACAGACCUCAGCAGAAUAAAUACUUAGUGGGGAUAAGAUCAUUAGUCAACUGAAGCUGAUGAGGAAAGCAGAAGGAGGCGCGGAAAAAUGACAAAACACUGAACUCAUUCCGCAGCUGGUGAUAAAAACACCAUUCGCCUUUCCUCAAUAAAUGGGCACACCUUUAACUCGAACAGCUUUUUCAGCCAGUUGUUGAAGUGCACAACUUCUCCUUUGGGGAUUUUUGUAAUGCUUUGACAUACAAGUUCAUGUAGUAUAAAAAACAGAUGGCAAGAACAAGCUCACAUAUUUAGAAAAAAAAUGACUUUUAUUUAUUGCAAAUAAAUGCCCCUUUCCCCAAAAAUGUUAAUGAUCGCUUUCAAGUUCAACACACACUCUUCACAUUUUAUAGCACAACACAGUUAAGUGCGUUAGUUGUUGCAGAAUUUAAGUACAAACCAAAAAAAAAAAAAAAAA